AUGCUGCCGGACGCCGUGGCGCUGGUGGUCCUGGUGGUGCUGGUGGUCGGCCUGCGCUCGGCGGCAGGAGGCGGCGCGGCAGGCUACGCCCAAGUGAAGUACAUGCAGCCCAUGGUGAAGGGACCCCUGGGACCCCCCUUCCGCGAAGGCAAAGGGCAGUACCUGGAUCCUGGCGCUACGGGUGUCCGUGCUCCCAAGGCCCGGCUCAGCUCGCUGAACGCCCGGGCUGCCAGACCUCGCUCCGUGUCUCCUCUCUCCACAGACAUGCCGCCGCUGCUGCCGAUGGACCUCAAAGGGGAGCCAGGACCGCCAGGGAAGCCUGGCCCGCGCGGACCCCCCGGGCCCCCUGGCUACCCAGGAAAGCCGGGCACGGGGAAGCCAGGAAUGCACGGCCAGCCUGGGCCUGCUGGGCCCCCCGGCUUCUCGGGCAUUGGGAAACCCGGCAUCCCAGGACUCCCUGGGAAGGCGGGUAUGAAAGGGAUGCCUGGAGGGGCCGUGCUGGGGAACGGCAAGCCAGGGAAGCCACAGUACGGCCGAGGAGAGCUCUCCGCCCGGAUCGCGCCAGCCUUCACCGCCAUCCUCACCUCCCCCUUCCCGGCGUCGGGCAUGCCGGUCAAGUUUGACCGGACUUUGUAUAAUGGGCACAACGGCUACAACCCGGUCACCGGGAUAUUCACCUGCCCCGUAUCUGGCAUCUACUACUUUGCCUACCACGUGCAUGUCAAAGGGACUAACGUUUGGGUGGCGCUUUACAAGAACAACGUGCCCGCCACCUACACCUACGACGAGUACAAAAAGGGCUACCUGGACCAGGCCUCCGGCAGUGCCGUGCUCGAACUUAAGGAGAACGACCAAGUCUGGGUACAAAUGCCCUCGGACCAGGCCAACGGGUUGUACUCCACGGAAUACAUCCACUCCUCCUUCUCCGGGUUCCUGCUUUGCCCCACAUAACGGCUGUUGGGCAUGUUUCCUUUUCACCCACUUCAGCCAUAAACUGUCUUUUUUUUUUUUUUUUU